AUGUUUUUUUCAAAUUUACAUUCACAACAUUCCUUUUCAUCAUCUCGGAGCAUUGCGUUCUGUUGUGGUUACAACACCAAUUCAUUUCUAGGCGUUCAUGAUCGGGAUGAUCAGAACCACCAACACAAUACGAAUACCUCAUCAUCAUCAUCAUCGGAUCUCUUAUCAUUGGUUCAUUUGGAAGCAUUGGAGAAGGAAAUGAGAGAUCAAGGAUCAGGCUCAAUCAUACAAGUGGCUACUCAAUUUUCCACCUCCUAUUUUCUAACAAGCAAUCAUCAUGUGUAUUGUGGGGAUCAAAAGAAACGAUUGGAUUGGCCUGAUCUUUUGUCUCCCGAUCAAAUUAUAGACAUUAAAACGGGACAAAAUGGUGCUUUGUUUUUGACUUUAUCGGGAAAGGUGUAUAAACUGGAGGAUCAUCCGGAUCUUGCUGUUCCAUUUCUGGAACAAAUUCCUCGAGCUCGAAUGAUUGGUGCUUCUGGAAUGUGUUAUUGGAUGUUGGAUGAAGAAAUGGUGUUGCAUGGAGUUGGUGAUCUAAAUUCCGAUGCGAUUGAAAGUCCAUUGAAUUUGAAAUCAUUUUUAGAGGUUGAUGAAGAUGUUGCCGAGUUGGUCACUGGAGGAAAUAGUAUUUGCUUGAUUACAACGAAAAGAAAUCUUUAUGUGAUGGGAGAAAAGGAAUCCUUUGGAAUUUCUGAUUCAAUUUCUGAUCGAUUUAAUACACUCUCUCGUUUACAUCGAUUUGAUGGUAUUGUAAACAAAGUUUCAUGUGGAUGGUAUUUUACAAUCGUGUUGACGACGGAUGAAAAGUUGUUUGGAGCAGGUCGAAAUAGCUAUGGUCAAUUAAAUCCACCAAACCCUCAACACCAGAGACAAAAAAGCUCUUCACCCUUAACUAUUGACAUAACGCCUUGGGUGGACAUGACUCCACAUCUUCCUCCUGGAGAAUAUAUCGAGAACAUUUGCUGUGGAUCCGAUCAUAUUGUCAUUGGCACCAAUAAGGGUAAAGUCUACACAAAGGGAAUGACGACGUAUGGCCAAAUUGGAAGACCACGCAAUCAUGACGUGUUCGAUCUUCCAAAUUAUAGUAAUCCCAACUAUGAAGAACUGGUUAAGAAUGCAGUAGGAGAGAAUUACAUGGCAAGAUUUGCCACCAAUAAUUUUAACACUUUGAGCACGUAUGUGAUUUUUGUUCCAUCGCUGUCAAAGCAAAUCACAUAUUUCAAAGACAAGCUGAAAAUUGCAUGUUCGGAAAACAAAUUGAGUGAUUUAAUCGUCGUCACCUUUGAUGUCUAG